GCCGUCACUAGUUAGCACUCCGGUUGAGGUGGAGAAGCGCGAGUCCAAGAAGGCCACUCUGGCAACUCCACAUAAGGAGAAACCAAUCAGUGUCUCUGACACGGAUCGCGUGAAGGCUACGGGUGUUCAGCGGACGAGUUCUAAGCGAGUCCCUCAGGAAGAGCGAAGUUCAAGUGCACGAAAGAGCGGCGAAGCUGGUCCAUCUCGUCCCGAUCGCAGCUGGCCCCUCUAUAAACAGAGGCCAACGAGGUCGGUUUUCGCUUCAGGUGUUUAUCGGUCAUAUGUAGUUGUGUACUAACAUCCCUUCUUCACGAGCAGCUGGCUUGACGACGCGCCCGUCCGCAAAAUGGUCGCUCUAACGAUGUCAGCUCUUGAUAGUCGCAGGACCUCGGAGAAGAGCAAACGCAAACGUCGCCAAUCGGUUCGCUUUGACAAGCAGGCUGACAGCAAUGAAGUGUCCGACCGCCGACUGGCAAAGGGCAGACCAGAGUCUUUAUCUCGGUAUACCUAUCAUUUCAUCGCUUCUUCCCAUCAACUCACAUUUCUGUAUCGUACUGACAGGAGCACCAUCGACAACCUGUUAAUAGAGGAUUUACAGGAGGGCAGCUUGGACGACGGCACGGACAAGCCCAAGUUCGCCCCUCCAAUCCCCUCAUCAUCUGGCACAUCUGACGUGAUACAAUGUUCUUUCUCUAGCUCUGUGCAGCCUACGGACUCGACGAAGGAUUUGCUGCAGUCACCGCGUAUCCCAGAUGCAGAACACAUCCGACCCAACCUCAAACGCUCCUUUGAUAUUCCUAUGGAACGGCCAGGGCCGAGUAAGAAGACAUGUCAUGAUGACGACUCGGACAGCCUCACAGGGCGCAUCCCGUAUAGUGCUAAGGGCAAAGGCAGAGCAGUCGAACCCAUUCCCAUUGUCAGCAAGAGCAAGGACAAGGGAAAAGUGGUGGACCGCUGACUACGAGAAAUCUGCCUUCCCGCUGUGGAUCUAAGCGUAAAGCUCAUGACUUCUGCUAGUCACCGCUCGUAAAGAAGCUUC